UUUUCUCUGCUGACCAACCUCCACCGCCAUUGCAGGUCCAGGGAGUCGGUGUAGUGGCAGUCAGUCGUUAGCCAGGGAAGCCCGCAAGUAAACAGUUUAGGGACGAAUUAAAAAAAAAGUACAUCACACCGACAGUACGUUUCACACAAGGCUUAGAAUUAAUUCAUUUGGACUUUAGAUUAGAGGCUCCCUGGCUGUCCGGCUAGGAUCUGAGAGAAGAAGCCGUAGUUUGUUAGCAUUAGAAGAACCCGGAGGAGAGUGAGAGAGGAACCGCCAUGGCUCAGAUCCUGCCUAUUCGCUUUCAGGAGCACCUGCAGCUCCAAAACUUAGGGAUCAAUCCGGCCAACAUCGGCUUCAGCACCCUAACCAUGGAGUCAGAUAAGUUCAUCUGUAUCCGGGAGAAGGUGGGCGAGCAGACUCAAGUGGUGAUUAUUGACAUGGCGGACCCCAAUACACCUAUCCGCAGGCCCAUCUCAGCCGACAGCGCCAUCAUGAAUCCAGCCAGCAAGGUCAUUGCACUUAAAGACGCCGCCAAAACCCUUCAGAUCUUCAACAUUGAGAUGAAGAGCAAGAUGAAGGCGCAUACCAUGACGGACGAUGUUACUUUCUGGAAGUGGAUCUCCCUUAACACAGUUGCACUUGUGACUGACAAUGCCGUCUACCACUGGAGCAUGGAGGGUGACUCGCAGCCUGUGAAAGUCUUUGACCGGCACUCCAGCCUGGCAGGCUGCCAGAUCAUCAACUACCGCACUGAUGCCAAGCAGAAAUGGCUCCUGCUCAUUGGCAUCUCAGCCCAGCAAAAUCGGGUUGUGGGUGCCAUGCAGCUCUACUCUGUUGACAGAAAGGUUUCUCAACCCAUUGAAGGCCAUGCUGCUAGCUUCGCCCAGUUCAAGAUGGAGGGGAAUACAGAGGAAUCAACUUUGUUCUGCUUCGCUGUCAGAGGCCAGGCUGGUGGGAAGUUGCACAUCAUUGAAGUGGGGACCCCACCAACUGGCAACCAGCCAUUUCCGAAGAAAGCAGUGGAUGUGUUCUUCCCUCCAGAAGCCCAGAAUGACUUCCCUGUGGCUAUGCAGAUAAGCUCCAAACAAGAUGUGGUUUUCCUUAUCACCAAAUAUGGCUACAUUCACUUGUAUGACUUGGAAACAGGCACCUGCAUCUACAUGAACCGCAUUAGUGGAGAGACCAUCUUUGUUACUGCUCCACAUGAGGCCACCUCAGGCAUCAUUGGGGUCAACAGGAAGGGACAGGUGUUGUCAGUCUGCGUGGAAGAGGAAAACAUCAUCCCCUACAUCACUAACGUGCUCCAGAAUCCAGAUCUGGCUCUCCGCUUAGCCGUCCGCAACAACCUCGCCGGCGCUGAAGAGCUCUUUGCACGCAAGUUCAACAACCUGUUUGCUGCUGGCAACUACUCCGAGGCUGCUAAGGUCGCUGCCAAUGCACCAAAGGGUAUCCUGCGAACCCCAGAUACCAUCCGUCGCUUCCAGAGCGUUCCCACUCAGCCAGGACAGACAUCCCCCUUGCUGCAGUACUUUGGUAUCCUGUUGGACCAGGGCCAGCUCAACAAGUUCGAGUCCCUGGAGCUUUGCAGGCCUGUCCUCCAGCAGGGACGAAAGCAGCUCCUGGAGAAGUGGCUAAAGGAAGACAAGUUGGAGUGUUCAGAGGAACUGGGUGACCUGGUAAAGGCAGUGGAUCCCACCUUGGCUCUCAGUGUCUACCUGAGGGCCAACGUCCCCAACAAAGUCAUUCAGUGCUUUGCGGAGACUGGUCAGUUCCCCAAGAUCGUCCUGUACGCUAAGAAGGUGGGCUACACUCCAGACUGGAUCUUUCUGCUCAGGAAUGUGAUGCGGAUCAACCCAGAACAAGGCUUGCAGUUUGCUCAGAUGCUGGUCCAGGAUGAAGAGCCACUGGCUGACAUUACACAGAUUGUGCGCAUGCUAUUCAUGAGUACAACCUGAUCCAGCUAUACAUCCCUCCUUCUGGAUGCUCUGAAGAACAACAGACCCUCAGAAGGACCACUGCAGACUCGCCUGCUGGAGAUGAACCUCAUGCAUGCUCCACAGGUUGCUGAUGCUAUCCUGGGCAACCAAAUGUUCACCAACUACGAUCGUGCCCACAUCGCCCAACUGUGUGAGAAGGCUGGACUCCUGCAAAGAGCGCUGGAGCACUACACCGACCUGUACGACAUCAAGCGUGCUGUGGUGCACACACACCUGCUCAACCCGGAGUGGCUGGUGAACUUCUUUGGCUCACUGUCAGUGGAGGACUCUCUGGAGUGCCUCAGGGCCAUGCUGUCCGCCAACAUCCGCCAAAACCUGCAGAUUUGUGUCCAGGUGGCUUCCAAGUACCAUGAACAGCUCAGCACGCAGUCUCUCACUGAGCUCUUUGAGUCGUUCAAGAGCUUUGAAGGUCUUUUCUACUUCCUCGGCUCUAUUGUGAACUUCAGCCAGGACCCCGAGGUUCACUUCAAAUACAUUCAGGCUGCCUGCAAGACGGGCCAGAUCAAAGAGGUGGAGAGGAUCUGUAGAGAGAGCAACUGCUACGACCCUGAGCGUGUCAAGAACUUCCUUAAGGAAGCCAAACUCACCGACCAGCUACCACUCAUCAUCGUCUGUGACCGUUUUGACUUUGUCCACGACCUGGUCCUCUAUCUAUACCGCAACAACCUGCAGAAGUACAUUGAGAUCUAUGUUCAGAAGGUGAAUCCUAGCCGUCUGCCUGUCGUGGUUGGUGGUCUCUUAGACGUGGACUGCUCAGAGGAUGUUAUCAAGAGCUUGAUCCUGGUUGUCAGGGGACAGUUCUCUACUGAUGAACUGGUCGCUGAGGUGGAAAAGAGGAACAGACUGAAGCUGCUGCUGCCCUGGCUGGAGUCACGUAUCCAUGAAGGCUGUGAGGAACCCGCCACCCAUAAUGCUCUGGCCAAGAUCUACAUUGACAGCAACAACAACCCUGAACGCUUCCUGAGGGAAAACCCAUUCUAUGACAGCCGUGUGGUGGGAAAGUACUGCGAGAAGAGAGAUCCCCACCUGGCCUGUGUAGCCUAUGAGAGAGGGCAGUGUGACCAGGAGCUGAUCAAUGUCUGCAACGAGAACUCCCUGUUCAAGAGCCUGUCUCGCUAUCUGGUCCGCCGCAAAGACCCUGAGCUGUGGGCCAGCGUGCUGCUGGAGAGCAACCCCUUCAGACGACCACUCAUUGACCAGGUGGUCCAGACAGCUCUGUCAGAAACCCAGGACCCAGAGGAGGUAUCAGUCACAGUUAAGGCUUUCAUGACCGCAGACUUGCCCAACGAGCUCAUUGAGCUGCUGGAGAAGAUUGUGUUGGACAACUCCGUCUUCAGUGAACACAGAAAUCUACAGAACCUGCUGAUCCUGACAGCAAUCAAAGCUGACCGUACCCGUGUGAUGGAGUACAUCAGCAGGCUAGACAACUAUGACGCUCCUGAUAUCGCUAACAUUGCCAUCAGCAAUGAGCUUUUUGAGGAGGCCUUUGCCAUUUUCAAGAAGUUUGACGUCAACACCUCCGCUGUGCAGGUGCUGAUCGAGCAUAUUGGCAACCUGGACCGGGCCUAUGAGUUUGCAGAACGCUGCAACGAGCCGGCUGUGUGGAGCCAGCUGGCUAAGGCUCAGCUACAGAAGGACUUGGUUAAAGAGGCCAUUGACUCCUACAUCAAAGCUGAUGAUCCCUCUGCAUACAUGGAGGUGGUUCAGGCUGCCGAUAAGAGCGGUAACUGGGAGGACUUGGUCAAAUUCCUUCAGAUGGCUCGUAAGAAGGCCCGCGAGUCCUACGUGGAGACAGAGCUCAUCUUUGCCUUGGCCAAAACCAAUCGCCUGGCUGAACUGGAAGAGUUCAUCAAUGGACCCAACAAUGCUCACAUCCAACAGGUUGGUGACCGCUGCUAUGAUGAGAAAAUGUAUGAUGCGGCUAAGCUGCUAUACAACAACGUCUCCAACUUUGGUCGUCUGGCUUCAACUCUGGUGCACCUCGGGGAGUACCAGGCGGCUGUGGACGGCGCCCGUAAGGCCAACAGCACCCGCACCUGGAAAGAGGUGUGCUUCGCCUGCGUGGAUGGAAAGGAGUUCAGACUGGCCCAGAUGUGCGGUCUUCACAUCGUGGUGCACGCUGACGAGCUGGAGGAGCUCAUCAACUACUACCAAGACCGCGGUUACUUUGAAGAGCUGAUUACCAUGCUGGAGGCUGCCUUGGGCCUGGAGCGCGCUCACAUGGGGAUGUUCACAGAGCUGGCCAUCCUUUACUCCAAGUUCAAGCCCCAGAAGAUGAGGGAGCACCUGGAGCUGUUCUGGUCCAGAGUUAACAUCCCGAAGGUCCUGAGAGCAGCGGAGCAGGCGCACCUGUGGGCCGAGCUGGUCUUCCUGUACGACAAGUACGAGGAGUUCGACAAUGCCAUCAUCACUAUGAUGAACCACCCAACAGAUGCCUGGAAGGAGGGACAGUUCAAAGACAUCAUCACCAAGGUGGCCAACGUGGAGCUGUACUACAAAGCCACCCAGUUCUAUCUGGAGUUCAAGCCCUUGUUACUGAAUGAUUUGCUCAUAGUGCUUUCUCCCAGACUGGACCACUCCCGUGCUGUCAACUUCUUCAGCAAGGUGAAACAGCUGCCUCUGGUCAAACCCUACCUGCGGUCAGUACAGAACCACAAUAACAAAUCAGUCAAUGAAGCACUUAACAACCUCUUCAUCAUAGAGGAGGAUUAUCAGGCACUGAGGACAUCAAUAGAUGCCUACGACAACUUUGACAACAUCUCACUGGCCCAGCGCUUGGAGAAGCACGAGCUGAUUGAGUUCAGGAGAAUCGCUGCCUACCUCUUCAAGGGCAACAACCGCUGGAAACAGAGUACCGUCCCUGAACCUGUCUGUGCUGUGUCUCCCCUUCAGGAUGCCAUGCAGUAUGCGUCAGAGUCCAAGGACACAGAGCUGGCAGAGGAGCUGCUGUCCUGGUUCCUACAGGAGAACAAUAAGGAGUGUUUUGCCGCCUGCCUGUUCACCUGCUAUGACCUGCUGCGGCCUGACGUGGUGCUGGAGACCGCAUGGAGGCACAACAUCAUGGACUUUGCUGCACCUUUUUUCUUCCAGGUUGAUGCUGUUAAAGAACAGGUAGAUAAACUAGAAACCUCAGAGUCCCUAAGGAAAGAGGAGGAGCAGGCCACAGAGACGCAACCCAUCGUUUAUGGCACACCCCAGCUGAUGCUGACAGCGGGCCCCAGCGUACCUGUGGCCCCUCAGCAAGCUUACGGCUACGGCUACCAGGCACCUGCGGGAUACAGUCAGCCAGCAGCUCAGCCAGGCUUUGGCUACGGCAUGUAAAGACCCCUGACCCCUCUCUCCACAUGCAGGCUGGAGCUACCAUCCAUCCAUCUCCCACAGUCCUUCACCAGACCAUUAUUGUCUCUCUCUGCCCUCUACAGGAAGCAGGGGAUAAAACAGACAAACUUUUUUUUUUUUUAACUUUUUUCCCCCUUUUUAAACUGUCAUGAAGGACUCAGUUUUAUUUUUGUCAAAGAAAACGAUUGCAUCACAAAGAUUAAUUUUCUCACAUUCCGUAUUGACUAGAUUAAUUUUUCUUUUGUCUAUUUUAUUUGAAUGGGAAAUGGUUUAUGUACAAUGGGGGGCUUGUGAGAAGAGCUAGUCCUCUUCUCAGUUUAAAAAAAAAAAAAAAA